AAAAAAAAAAAGUAAUGGAAAAAAAAGAGUCUCCGUCCCUCUUCCGGUGUCGUGCUGUUCCAGCGGCGGAUGUUGAUGUUUUGUUCCGGAGCUCGCUGAGGCGAUAUGUGAACUACUUCAUAUUUUUGUACCCGUCCUCUCCGUUUUGUCUUGGGUCUGUAUUUUAGGAAAGGUUUCUCUGUUUGUCGGCACCGUGUUUCUCCCGGUGUCACUGCCGGGGAGCGAUGAUGGAGGACUUUGAUGAAAUCUACGAAGAGGAGGAGGAAGAAGAGGACGAGGACAGGGCCGCAGAGGAACAGCUCCUCAAGUACGCUCCGGACCCGGUGGUGGUUCGAGGGUCCGGCCACGUCACGGUGUUUGGACUUAGUAACAAAUUUGAGUCGGAAUUUCCUUCAGCACUUACAGGGAAGGUGGCGCCAGAAGAAUUCAAAGCCAGUAUCAAUCGAGUGAACAGCUGCCUGAGGAAGACGCUCCCAGUGAACGUGCGAUGGCUGCUGUGCGGCUGCCUCUGCUGCUGCUGCACUCUGGGCUUCAGCUUGUGGCCGGUCAUCUGCCUCAGCAAAAGGACUAGAAGAUCAAUAGAGAAACUUUUAGAGUGGGAAAACAACAGACUUUAUCACAAGUUGUGUUUGCAUUGGAAACUUAGCAAAAGGAAGUGUGAGACCAACAACAUGAUGGAAUAUGUAAUCCUAAUAGAGUUCCUUCCCAAGAUCCCCAUCUUCAAACCAGACUGAUGAGACGACAGAAGAGCCAAAAAACCUCCACCGCUGCCCAGUUUUCUCCUAAAGUUACAAUGGCUGUGAAACUCCUCCCUCUGAAAAACUCCACUAGUGUUUACAUUGUCGCCCCUCUUUUCACAAAUAUACCUGUUCUGCAUCCUUGUUUACAAAUC